UUAGGCAGGUGAGUGACAGGCUCUAGGGGGACGGCCCCAGCUGGGAGCCCCGAGAGAGCCCGGAGUAGCUGCGGCGGUUCCCGCCCCCCUCCCUCCGCCCCUCCGGUGGGACUGGUCUUUGGCCGGACACGGUCGUGGGCCCCCCUGGCCCGGCCACCUGGGAUUGUGCUGGGAGCCGGCCACCUCCCUCUCUCCUAGCCCGCAAAGUUUGUGGCGAAGCCGUCGCCGGGCAGAGAGCGCCCCAAGGGAGAUCUGGGAGCGCCUGAUGCCGGGCGGCUGGAGCCGUUGACCAGGGCGCCGCCGUCCAGGACGGGAGUGCAGAGCAGCCGGCUGCCCGCCGCCUCCGGUGCAUGGGGACCAACUGAGGAGCCAGCAUGGGCAACUGCGUGGGGAGACAGCGUCGGGACAGGCCAGCCGCCCCGGGACACCCCCGCAAACGAGCAGGACGAAAUGAACCCCUGAAGAAGGAACGGCUCAAGUGGAAGAGUGACUACCCCAUGACUGAUGGGCAGCUGCGGAGCAAACGGGAUGAGUUCUGGGACACAGCACCAGCCUUCGAGGGUCGCAAGGAGAUCUGGGAUGCCCUCAAGGCUGCUGCCUAUGCUGCCGAGGCCAAUGACCAUGAGCUGGCUCAGGCUAUCCUGGAUGGAGCCAGCAUCACCCUGCCUCAUGGCACCCUCUGUGAAUGCUAUGAUGAGCUGGGCAAUCGCUACCAGCUGCCCAUAUACUGCCUGUCACCACCUGUGAACCUGCUGCUGGAACACACGGAGGAGGAGAGCCUGGAGCCCCCCGAACCCACACCCACUGUGCGCCGUGAGUUCCCACUGAAGGUGCGCCUCUCCACGGGUAAGGACGUGAGGCUAAAUGCCAGCCUGCCCGACACAGUGGGGCAGCUCAAGAGGCAGCUACACAGCCAGGAAGGCAUAGAGCCAUCCUGGCAACGAUGGUUCUUCUCCGGGAAGCUGCUCACAGACCGUACACGGCUUCAGGAAACCAAGAUCCAGAAGGAUUUCGUCAUCCAGGUCAUCAUCAACCAGCCCCCGCCACCCCAGGACUGACAGGCCGUGGACUGCUGGCAAGAGAGGCCACGGAGGGCCUCAGCAGGCCUGGAGGGUCCUGGCCUGGAGCACAAGGUCCCCACCCUGCUGCUGCCUUCCAGUUGCUGUUAUCUUCAGGGCCACCUCUGCCACCAUAUGGCUCCGUGUGAGCUGUGAAGGGACCCUGCCUCUCAGCGCACUGUGGUUCACCAGUGUCUAGCACCCAGUGCUGCCACACACAGCCCUUGCCAACCUUGUCAGAGAAAAAAAGGUGGCCUAGGGCCCUCCAUCCCGCCUCUCCCCACAGCAGGUUUGAGCCAUGGGGGCCUGCCUGGAGGCCCUGGAGCCCAGAUCUGUCAUCUGGUGCUGCCACUUUGCUCACUCCAGUUUUCUGCUCAGGGUCGGAAGCAGCUGCUGUCUCCCUCAUCUGCCCCCACCCUGACUCUGCCCUGGGCACAGUGCCAUUCCCCACAGGGGAAGGAAACACGGGCAAGCCCAGGGCAUGGGGAGCCUGAGGCGGGCCUCUGCCUCUCCCUGCCCCCCAGCACAAUCGGCAGAGAUGAGGCAAGUGGCCAAAUGGCUGGGCUUUAUGGCAGGGGUCUGCAUGGGGCCAUCUCCUGGCUGAAACCCAAGUGGUGAGGGUGUGCAGCCUGGUCGUGGCCCCCACAGCAGGUCCCUGUGUACAGACAUAUCUGAAUAUUUAUCAAUAAAG